CACGCGGCAAGAUAACGGAUUUAUUACAUCAGAUCGCAGCGCGUGCGCCUCUGCCGCCGCUACCUAUAUAAGCUGCGCGCCACCCGGUCACACUCAUUCCCUGAUCGCUACUGAUAAAUGACACGUCUAUAUUAAUUGGUGGCAAUGAUCUACGCUCUCAUGCAUCAUCCUGAAUUUUGUGUAAAUAAACAACCUGACUACGAACAGUGGUGGAAAAGUGACAAUUGGUGCGACUGCCAUUCUCCGCGUUUCGAACAGCAACAGAGAUAGCAAACGGAUCGCAAGUGCAUUGAUUAGAAGACAAGCGAGACACCGGUGUUCAUUCGCAUCUAGUCCGCCUGAAGACAUCAACGCUUGAAAGUUUUGAAGACUCACGCAGAAAUUGAAAGAAGUUUCUUUUGAAAGUUUAAAGAAGAAAAAUCAAGAUGGCAACGGUGCAAACUGCUCCUGAAAUGAGCCUUUCGUCAGCUCCGAUGGCCGUGCCGCAGAACAAAGAUCUGGAUCUGAUGGCGCUCACCAUGACCGCGCUGCGUCUGGUAAACCCCUGGGUGAAGGCCGAGCCCGAGGCCUGGCAGGAGCCCCGGGAGGAGCCGAAAGACCGCAUCAUCAGCCUCGCGGAGGUCAGCCAGCACGACACCCCGCGUGACUGUUGGGUCGUCAUCUACGACCGCGUCUACGACAUCACUACCUUCAUUGAUGAGCAUCCCGGUGGAGGCGACAUAAUGCUGGAGUACGCGGGCCAGGACGCCAGCACGGCGUUCCGCAGCUCUGGGCAUUCGCGCAUGGCCGCCAAGGCGCUAGACCGGUUCCUCAUCGGCGAACUGCCGAUGAGCGAGCGCAUGUACCGCCGCCCUGGAGGCAUCCGACUCAGCGACAUACCGGACUAAACAUAUGUCAAAUCUACAUCAGCCGUUAGACAUCAACAAUUGCCUCGACUAAUCAAGACCUGAGAGCAAAGCGGGGCAGAGCGGGAAUUUUUUUUUCAUCGGCUUUCCUGUCCUCGAUUUCCUUACCACUCGAAUGGAAACCUCCUAUUAGGGAAACGUUGGAAUUUACAUCAAAUCGCCAGACGUUUAUGCAUUAUCUAGUUCAAAGUACGGUUGAAUGUAGAACGUAAAUAAUAAAAACGUUGUUAAGGUUAAAUAAUUAAUAUAAUACAGUAAGGCUAUUUGCUUAUCACCUUGCAGCUAAUUUAUAGCUGUUAAUUAUUGUAAUAUUAACCUUUCGCUAUACAUGCAGCAUAUUAAAUAACAUGAUAAGAGUGACUCUAAGGAUAGAGGCCCUCAGAGACACGAGUUUGCCUGUUUGUCUGCCUGUAUAUGUGAUUGCCAGUAAGAUUUUUUUUAAGUAUUGAGUUUAAAUGAUUGCAUUUAUUUACUUUAAAUUAGUUUAGUAGAAUCCCCUUUAAUGUCAGUAUUAUUUCAGGUAGAUUUAUUCGGUUGUUAACUCUUUCUUGUAUUUAUUUUAAUUUUAUUUCAAGCCUUCUGUUUCAAGUUCCUGUUAGUUUAAUUAUUAUAAUAAAGUUAAUUAU